UUCUGAAAGAAGAAAAGCUAAAAUGCUCAACUUUUCCAUUGCAUACGGAAAAACUCUCAUGGGACUUGCUAAGGAUUGGAAGGUUUCUGUAGAAGAAGCAAAGAACACAGUUGAUCUAUGGUAUAAAGAAAGGCAAGAAGUGCUCGAAUGGCAGAAACAGCUUAAGUAUGAAGUUGUGAAACACGGGCAUGUUCAAACAUUGCUUGGAAGGGCUCGUCGCUUCCCAUUAUUUGCUCAUUGUACACAAGCUCAAGAAGGCCAUAUUGAAAGGGCUGCUAUCAAUACUCCAGUGCAGAUGUCAAAUGAAGUGAAUGAUAUGAUUUUGGAUUCUACAUCUAAUCAAACACAAUUGGCCUUUCAACUUCCUGCACAUGAUGAGAUGGAACUCAGGAUUCUUGCACAUCUGACUGACUGUAAAAGCAUGUUGGAUGCCUUCAAAGCUGGUGGGGAUUUCCAUUCAAGGACUGCAAUGAACAUGUGCUCUCAUAUCCGUGAAGCUGUUGAAAAGAGGCAAGUUCUUCUUGAGUGGCAUCCUCGACCUGGUGAAGAGAAACCACCAAUUCCACUUUUAAAGGUUUCUGUAGAAGAAGCAAAGAACACAGUUGAUCUCUGGUAUAAAGAAAGGCAAGAAAUGCUCGAAUGGCAGAAACAGCGUAAGUAUGAAGCUGCGAAACACGGGCAUGUUCAAACAUUACUUGGAAGGGCUCGCCACUUCCCAUCAUAUGCUCAUUGUACACGAGCUCAAGAAGGCCAUAUUGAAAGGGCAGCUAUCAAUACUCCAGUGCAGGGAAGUGCUGCUGAUGUUGCAAUGUGUGCCAUGUUACAAAUAUCUAAGAAUAAACGUCUAAAGGAGCUUGGUUGGAGGCUUGUUUUACAGGUUAUGCCUUUUAUAUUUUCUUUAUAUUUCAGGUCUCUUUCAUGGAAGAGCUCUACCUUGGUUUUAUAAUCCUAGUGGUCUCAUUUUCAAGGCUAUAUAAACCUUUAUUCUUUAAGUAACAAAUUUUGGCUGUGCUGUCUGAUUGUUCUUUCUAAAACUUAAAGUCACUUCUCUUAUGAUUUGACUAGAAUCUUUGCGUUGUUCCAAAAAAUUUUUAAACAAGAUUGUCUUCCCAUGUUUACAUAUUCACCUCUUAAAAUAGUAAAUAUUAUCUCCAUUUUAUUGGUUAUUUGAAUUUUAUCCUUUACAAGAUUUUGUUUGACUGAAGCAUAUUCUUUAUCCAAUAGCGCUUAGGAAGGCAGAAGGCUUUGUUUCUUCUCAAGAACCUGAUACAGUGAUACUGAUGUUUAAUCAUUGCAUUUCACAAGUUUUAUUCGCUAUUCUGUCUUGUACAGCCUUCACAAUCUCAUUUCAUAGGUUAGCAUUUUGAUUCAGCUAUUUAUAAAGUCGUCCUGCAAUUUCUCUGGAAAUAACAUCCUUCAGAAAACAGGUUCAUGAUGAAGUAAAUCUUGGAAGGACCAAGUGAUUCAGCUUAUAUUGCAAAAGCAGUUGUAGUUGAGUGCAUGUCAAAACCCUUCGAAGGAGGAAAGAACAUUCUUAAAGUUGACUUAGCUGUUGAUGUUAAGUGUGCUCAAAAAUGGUAUGCUGCCAAAUAGAUAGUGGUUCUGGCUCAGACAGACGUAAAUCCUGGUUUCAAGCACUUUUUUGCAAGGUGCAUUUUUCCGUUGAAGAGGUAUGUCGGAGCUUGAGCCGUUCUCCUUUUCUUCGCUGCUGCAGUAAUUUAAUAUGUAGGACUCUUAGGGAAGCCAUGAGCUGAUGCGGAAUUUCCUCACCUGUUCAGUGACGUGGCCCUCGGGGUUCUUUGCGGGUGAAGGACAUGCUUUGGGGGAUAUAGUUGCAUUUUGAGGGCAUAGGAAGUGCAGCGCCAUGUGUACAGAAAAUUUUAUUGUUCUCAUUAGUAUGUUCCUUGUAGAAAUCUGACAACACUUAUUCUUUUUUCUUUUCUCAGGUGAGACAUGAAGGUAAAGCUUGAUUGUGUUUCCUUCUAUGUAGUGCAUACUGUUUUAUAGUUUUAUACAAUGGAUGGUCUGAGUGUUAAUAGAAAUGUAAAAUGUCUGAGGCAUCCGCAAGCUUCAACGUUUAGAACAGCCUGUCUUUGUAAAAAUCUACAUCUGAGUAUGUUGAUCAGAGAAAACAUGGAAAAUAGAAGAAAAACCAGCCAAGAAGUCGUUGCUUUGCCUGUCUAAAGUAAAAAGGCGGCAAUCAGCAUGGAACGGACUUAUAUGUAAACUGUUAGACCUGAAGCCAUGGAAAUGCUAAAGCUUUUGACUGGAUGAUUGUUGUAAGUAAUCUAGUUAACAGUAAAUAUUUGAAAUAGAAGAUCUAGGGACCAAGUCUCGUUCAAAUAAACCGUGAUCCCAGCGUUGGGAUAUUUUUCCCCUUGAUUGCCUCAACCACAAUAUACCAUUUGAUUGUAACUUGCAAGUACCUUUUAGUUGUGUUUGUAUAGUGUUUUUUUUUUUUAAUUAUUUAAA